AUGGAAUCAUCCAAGGGUGUCUCGGAGGUGGCUGAGAUCAAAGACGUGCAGAUCAGGGGUAUGCUCUCCGGCGGCAAGACCAACACCGGAUCCGUUGCGUUCGGGGGGCCCGAGGGCUGGUUAUCGAUCAUGCAGGCACCCGAAGCCGCGGCCGUUUUUGCCGAUUUCCAGGUCGGCGCCAAUCCACUGGCCUGCACGGUUGAUGGGGCCAAACGGGACCGGGCCUGCUUCGGAGGCGACGUCUUCGUCAUGGGCCGCUUGCUGGCGUAUGCCACGGCCGACUUGGACGCCUGGAGGGGCUCCAUUAGACUGCUCACCCCAGAGCAUAGAGACAAGGGCCCGCCUCCGUCUUAUGCUUUCCACUCCCUCACGUAUGCUUUACUUUUGGUAGUCUCCAUCAAGGACUACUGGAUGCACGCGGGAGAACGGGAAGCGGUCGAGUCUUGCUUCCAGAAACUGGAGAAGCUAAUUCACUAUGCGGACAAGUUCACCAACGCGGCAGGCCUCAUCGAAGCACCUCCCCACCUGCAGAUGACCUGGUUCCCAAUGGGUGGCCCGGUAUUGGGUGUCUCCUCCGGCCUCAACGUUGCCUACUACGACGCCCUUCUAUCCACGGCCGCCAUGUCCGAAAACGAACUUUCCCGUUCCUGGUACUUGUUCAGAGCCAGCACGUUGAAACGCGCAAUGACCGAGCAACUCUGGAACGACGAGCUCGGUAUCCUCCAAAUGGGCGCGUCGCUGCCCGCAGACGGGUUCAGCCAGGAUGUCAACGCCUACGCGCUCACAAAGACCAUUACCUCCCCGCCGCUUUCCAAGACCUCGGUCACUGGGGCGGGUCUGGCGUCGCCAGUCCCUACGCAUCUGGGUUCGCCGUCGAAGCGCUCUUCGCCCGAGGUGAGGCCCGGCCCGCCGUGGAUCUGCUCCGGACAGUCUGGCAUCCCAUGUCCGCCUCGACGGGGCCCGACCUACUCCGGCGCGCACUGGGAAGCGAUGAAGCUCGACGGCUCGCCGCUGGUGCACGACGUCUCGCUGGCGCACGGGUGGGCCAUGUGGCCCGUCCAUCUCCUGCCCAGGGACAUUGGUGUCGAGCCUGUGUUGGCCGACCUGAGCUUUGUCGAAUGCUCCGUCGCCACGCCUGCGGGCGAGGUGCGCAUACCCUUGGUGCAGCAGGACGACAGGUCAAGCGGGACGCUCUCUGUGACCAUCCCGGCGCACUCCAGAGCCGUCGUCAAGCUGCCAAAUGGCUGGGCUUUGGAAGGGUCGCAGGAAAUAGCAGGAGACGGCCAGGCGGUGACACGUUCUUUCCACAAACUAUCAUGA